AAAUUAAGGAAAUAUUUAAAAAAUGCACCUUUACACAGAGACUAGCUCAUCAGCCGUGUAUUCCUUAAUUUUUAUUUUCGUUUCCACGAUCGACCAAUCUAACUCUCUUAACUUGAAAGACGUUUGGAUCAAGGACGAUUUAUUUACUGAGAGUGAAAUUUGGGAAAUGAAAUCUUUGCUAGGCCAAGAUGAAACGAUGUGGAAAUUUCAGCCCAGUGAAGAUAAUUUGGCGAGUGCUGGACGAAAGAAGCAUUUGUCCACUAAAGCCUGCUACAGCUGGUCCGCUAAUCUGACAUCUCAUAAUUUUAAGAGCUUUUCUACUUGGAGAAAAGUUGCAGACACACUAUCUUCGCACUUUGGAAUAAAGGGAGAAAGUAGAAUUUUGUCUUUAGAGGGAAAAAUCAACAUCAGAGCUGGUCAUACCUGUAGUGAAAAAGUUACUGAAAAUGACAACAAUGUCAACACCACCUAUAUCGCUAUAAUUUUUCUUGUACAGAACUGGAGACGCAAUGCUUACGGUGAGCUGAUUGUAUACAACGGGGAUGAAAUCAUGAAAGCUAUAUACCCGAAAAGAGGAAGGCUCGUAAUUCUCCAUGCCUCUCUAGAACAUGUUAUCAAGCCUCCAGCGAUAGACUUGUCUGAGAGAUUGUAUUUUAUAAAAAUUCACUUUUCAAUUUCAGAUGACUUUAGGCAUUCUCAAAUAAAAGAAAAGUUACCUGACAAUACCUCAAGGAGAGAUUUUAAUCCUCUAGAGGUUUUCCCUAGCUUUAAACUUUUGACCAAAACUGACACAACCACUGAUAGACCCCUGGAUAUUCAGGAUUUUGUCACUAAGAAUUUCACCUCCAGCAAUGGCCUUUCCAUUGUUGUUUUGGAUGGUAUUCUUCCUCCCAAAGAACUUGAUGCUUUGAGGCAAACAGUUGAAAACAACGGAUACAGUGACAAUGCAGCUGGUCUGGACAGCACAGAUCAAGUGCAGUGGAUCAUGGCAUUUGAAAUUGAUGACUUUGUACAAACCUCGUUAUGGAAUGUGGUCAGUCAGAUUGUGACCUUUGUUUCUGGAAAGGAUGGUUAUUUUCCUUAUGAUAUUGGAUGCAAUAAUAUUCAAGCCACAGACACAACUACAAUUCACAUAGAUAGUGAAUUUAAUGAAAAUGAAUUCACAUUGCUGAUUUAUCUCAAUCAAGACUGGACUGCAAACCAUCAUGGUGAAACAGUCUUCUUUGAUGAUGAGGAGGGAAAUGAGGUGAUAUUUGCAGUGAGGCCAAGAUAUGGACGUGUUGCCAUUUUCCAUGGAUCAAUUCCGCACAGUGCGCGACCACCCCCACUACUUAUAGAAGGAGCAAGGUUCAGUUUUGCAGUCAAAUUGGCAGCAUCUGAACAGAAUGCAAGAAAAAAGGCUGACUGGUUGGAUGUAGAUGUUCUUUAUGAAGCUCUGGAAGUUUUACAUGGGGAUGAAGCAGACAAAUUGAAAGCUAUUAUUCAUGAUAUUGAGAAUGGGAAAAUGGAUGGAGAAACAAAAGAAACUUUAGUGAGAAAGUAUGAAACACGAUUAGAAAUGCGCACAAAGCAGCAGAGUGAAUAGGGAGAUGGAGUUGCUUAAAAUUGUUCAGAAAAAUAUAGAUGUAUUAUUUGAGUUCUAAUAAUAUACAUGAAAACAUUUCUCGGUUCUGAUUGGUUAAGAUGAAUGCAGUUUUCAGUUAAUUCAGUGUAGA